GUGGCAGCCCUGCAGGCUUCACAGACCAACAGCCUGUAUGCUGAGGGAGCCAUGUUGAUGCCUGGUUUUAUAUCAGCCGCUUCGUUUUGGAUGGUCACAGGAGUGCGGAUGAUGGACUGGGAGUCUCACCUGUGAUUACGGUACCACGAUGAGAAGAGGAGAGCGAUUUGGGAUGGUUCAGGGAACGCUAGAGGAGAGCUGCUCUUAGGUCACCGGACAUCAUACAGUUGAUUCAGAGCAAGUGAAGUUGAUGCUAGUUAGCCUGGUAGCUAGGUAGCAACAGCUGUGCGGACGCUGCGUGGGAUGCGGCGUGUGGACUAAAACAAAACCCUCAGCUGUGCUUGUGACAUUUUUCAGGACCAACGUUAGCUGGACUGCUUGAAGGGACCAUUCCUGGAGUAACGAAGUGGCCGCUGGAUUCAUGUUAGCCUGCUUAAAUUGUCUCUGUAGAGCUAGGUAGCGGAUAGCUAACGUUAGCAUGCUGACAAUCAGCUCACGUCUUCAGUCACGACUAACGUUUAGCUAGCUACGUGGAGUCUAUCGUAUCAUCACUUUCAGAUAGUCGUGGAGCUCCGUGCAGUGUGAUAAACGACUCCUCUAAAUCCUGAGUGGAGAUAUGGCGACACAUCGAGUCUCUGUGGAAAGCUAUCAGUUCGCCUGCCCAGCUUGCCAAGGAGCGGCUAACGGGCUAGCAGCAUAACUUUCCUCACACGGUGUCCCUCACGAGCUGCAGAGCCCACUUCCUCGCUAGCCGUCCUCUCGUACCUGAAGCAAGCUGGCGGCCCUCCAAGUAGAAGCCGAGGACAAGGAGUUGGGGCCCAUGGCCUGGGUGCUGAAGAUGGACGACGCCACCAUAGAGUCGGGGCUGGUGCACGACUUUGAUGCCAGCCUGUCCGGCAUCGGGCAGGAGCUGGGGGCUGGAGCCUACAGCAUGAGCGAUGUGCUGGCUCUGCCCAUCUUUAAGCAGGAGGACUCCAGCCUUCCUCCUGAAAAGGAGACCAAAAAUCCCCCAUUCCAGUAUGUGCUGUGUGCCGCCACCUCGCCUGCUGUGAAGCUGCACGACGAGACGCUCACAUACCUAAACCAAGGCCAGUCUUACGAGGUGCGUAUGUUGGAUAACAGGAAUCCAGGGGAGCUACCAGAGCUCAACAACAAGUUGGUGAAGAGCAUAGUGCGGGUGGUGUUUCAUGACCGCAGGCUACAAUACACAGAGCACCAGCAGCUGGAGGGCUGGAAGUGGAAUCGUCCCGGCGACCGUCUCCUUGACAUCGAUAUCCCCAUGUCAGUGGGCAUCAUUGAGCCGAAGACUCACCCCUCCCAGCUGAAUGCAGCUGAAUUCCUCUGGGACAUGAACAAAAGAACCUCUGUUUUUGUUCAGGUGCACUGCAUCAGCACAGAGUUCACUCCCAGGAAGCACGGCGGGGAGAAGGGCGUCCCCUUCAGGAUCCAGUUUGACACGUUCGCCCAGGGAGAGGGAGGAGAGUACACAGAGCACCUCCACUCUGCCUCCUGCCAAAUCAAAGUCUUUAAGCCAAAGGGGGCGGACCGUAAGCAGAAGACGGACCGGGAGAAGAUGGAGAAACGCACAGCCCAAGAAAAGGAAAAGUACCAGCCUUCUUAUGAUACCACUAUCCUGUCAGAGACAAGACUUGAACCCAUCAUAGAAGACGUGGGUGACCACGAGCUGAAAAAGUCCAGCAAGCGGACACUUCCCGCUGACUGUGGCGACUCACUGGCCAAGAGAGGCAGUUGCUCCCCGUGGCCGGAUAAUGCUUACGUCAGCACAAACCAGGCAGCUACUCCCUCCUUCAGCUCCGCCCCACUCUCCACCUAUACGACCUCCUCAGUACCAGACAGUGAUUCGUCCUCGCCCAAUCACCAGGCAGACCCUGGUAACCAUGGCAACUCAGAGCAGCUGAGCCCCACUGCCUCCAUACAGGACGCACAGAAGUGGCUGCUGAAAAACCGCUUCAACUCCUACACACGGCUCUUCUCUCACUUCUCAGGUUCCGAUUUGUUGAAGCUUACCCGGGACGACCUGGUCCAGAUUUGCGGGCCGGCAGAUGGUAUCAGACUCUUCAAUGCCCUUAAAUCCAGGUCAGUGCGCCCCAGGUUGACAGUGUACGUCUGUCAGGAGUCUCCCAGAGAGAGCCCCCUGCUGGAGACACAGGGCACCAGUGAAAACGAAGAACACAGCAUUUCCUCAAAUUUACAUGUGUAUCAUGCUCUGUACUUGGAGGAGCUCACAGCUGCAGAACUCAUCCGUAAGAUGGCAUGUGUGUGCAGCCUUCCGCUGGGGACGAUCAACCAGGUGUACAGACAGGGUCCAACAGGCAUCCUUAUCCUGCUCAGCGACCAGAUGGUUUACAACCUGCCAGAUGAAACCUGUUUUUUGAUCAGCACUGUCAAAGAUGAACUGGGCGAAGGACUCCAUCUAAUCCUGAAGUAGCGAGCAGGACAGAUGGCAUCACUAAUACUCCACCCUCUGUUUUGGAGUUGAAGCCUCCUCUCCGUCCCCUCCCUCGCACUGCCUCUCACUCUCUCCUCGUACCUCCUCCUCUUCUCUCUUAACCGCCCGCUUGAUGGAAAGCAGAGACUGCGUUAAGAAGCCAUGUAAAAUGUUAGAAUCUGACAUGGGUGUGUCCACUGUUUCAUAUUGAAAACACUAUUAACGGAGGAGGUCAGUUCAGAGAAGAGAGACCGGAGGGGGCUAUGAAGUUAGAGGAAACAUGACAACGUUGUAUGUAUUUUGAUUUUAUUAUUUUAUUUUUUGUCUUUUAUAUUGUUUCCUGCAGGGUGAGGGAGGGGGGGGGCUCCAGGAGAGGGGGUAGAGUGGCGUUCUGGCUUGAAGAAGGAAAUAUAAAGAAAGCAGAGUUUCCUUAUUGCUCGUUGCCCUUCCUACACAACGCACACAACCAGCACUAGGCCAGUAUUUGAUAACCUGUACUGCUGAACAGCAUGCGAUCUCAACAUACUAACCUGCUUCAAGGUGAAACCCAACUUACUCUGCUUGUUUAACAUUCGCGACGAGGGUUGUCUUAUUGAAACAUUUAUGAACGGCUGAGCUCGAUAAUGCCUGAAAUAUUCAGGACAAAUUCAUGGACGUUGACACAAGAAUUAAUUUAAUUUUCUUGUCAAACAGACUGAACUCACUCACUCACUCGUAUAAAGUCCAGCCAUAUCUAUCCGUCUCCUCAUGUGCGUCCUGUUCAGCCUGCGCUUUACCUGUUUUUAGUUGAUGCUUUAUUUAUGGAUCAGCUGUGUUUGUUGCUCUCAUUGAAUUUACUUUUUUCUGGUGCCAUAUCGGCUUUUUUAAAAAACUGAAUCUUUUGCUCACAUUCACAAACACAGUGCACACGUUCCUCAUCUUUGACCCAUCUGCUCUCUGUUCUGACCCUGUGACGCUGCUUUAGAGGAGUGGGGUUUAUUCCUUUUGGAAUGUCAGCCAUAAAUGUAAAAAAAACCCCGGCUGAUACAAGGACAGCAAUGCCUAUCCAAAAACCUUCAGUUAUGUGGACCAAAUGGGUUUCAGGUUGAUAGGCAUUUUCUGAAGAUGGCUUUGUACAUCUCUGUCACUAGAAGCAAUCAUGAAAUCCAUUAUGUGGUAAAAUUAAACCCUCAUGUAGUGGAGUUGCUCUACCCUGCAUGUACAUAAACCCUCCAUUCCAGGAUCUCCUCUGCAAGAACAGCACAGCACAGGCUGGAAGAAAUGUAUCACUGCAGUAGCCUGGUUUUGAAAGUCUUAAACCAUAGACUAGAAAAUCCUGGCAGCUCCACCUCCAUCGUCAAAAUGCUGUUUUUAAUGUAGCUAAGCAAGGGGAGCGCAAAGCGUGUUCACUUACUUUGAAAAGUUACAGGAAGUCUCACACGAGUCCUUGGUUUAGUCAACCCUCCUUUUUGAUUUUGGUGCACCAUGUGUGGCGAUUUGCAUCCAGUUUGCACGCCUCAAAGUGUCAGAUGAUGUGUAUGCGUGUGUGAGCAUGUGUAUUAUUUUUUUUGUUCUUUCAGAAAAAACUUAUGUCAGUAGUAGUCAUGAAAUCUUUCCUGUUGGUAUGAUGUAACUGUUUAGCUUACUGUUUAGUAAAGAGCAUGAGGAGGAUGGGGAAGCAGGGAGGGAGGGAUAAAGGAUUUUCAGUGGGUGUUAUUCCUCCUGUUUUCCCCAGAAGUUAGAGACCAAGUCUGCACUGAAAAAUCACAAAACUCAAGCUUGAUGUGUAGUCCAUAGUCCUACAGCCACAACCUCUUUAUACCCACCUAUAAGAAAGAGAAUAAGAGAAUAAAAAAUGUAAAGACUGAGAAGUUUGUCUCCCCACAUGCCAGAGCCAGGACUGUAGCUCUUGUGAUGUUUACAAGGCAAAGUUAACUGUGUUCAUAGACUCAAAGAAUUAGAGUGUAAUAGAGCGGAUGUGAUACCAAGUUUUGGUCCCCUGAAGGCCUGACCCAGUCGUCUGUAUGUGUGAGUGUGUGUUAUUGAGUGUGUUUGAGAGAGUGCGAGCAGGAGAGGUGACCACCGUUCAUGUUCAGCCUAAUGUCAAUGAUGAUGCUUCUCGUGCACAGUAUCGUAUGCUGGAGAUGUACACAACCACGUGCUGGGAAUAAAUGAUUUCAUAACUUU